AUGAUGGAAAAUAUGGACGGCGAAAAGGCGCCCGUUAAGGACGCCAGCACAGCACCCACCACCGUGCAAGACCAAACCCACAAGCUCCGCGACCCGCCCAACGCCCUCCGCGGAUGGCGACUGCACGUAUCAAUGCUCGGCCUCUGCCUCGGCCUCUUCUGCUCCGCCCUCGAAACCACCAUCAUCGCCACCAGCCUCACCGCCAUCUCGACGCACUUCUCCGACGCCGCGCGCUCCACCUGGAUCGUCACAACCUACCUCGUCACGUACUCGGGCUUCCUCCUCGUCUUCUCCAAGCUCUCCGACAUCUUCACCCCGCGCAACACGCUGCUCGCCGGCCUGGCCUUCUUCGCCCUCUUCUCGGGCCUGUGCGCCGCCGCGCGCACCAUGGACCAGCUCAUCGUCUUCCGCGCGCUGCAGGGCGUUGGCGGCUCCGUCAUCUUCAGCCUCGCGUUCGUGACCGUCAUGGCGGUUUGUCCGAUGCGCUGGAUGGGGUUCUACUCGGGGGUGUCGGGGAUGACGUUUGCGGUCGCGAAUGUGGUGGGACCGCUGCUGGGGGGCAGGUUGGGAGAUGAGGGGGCGUGGAAGUGGAUUUUCUUGCUGAAUGUGCCGGUGGCGGUGGUGGCGGCGGCGUUGGUGGGCGGAGCGCUGCCCGGGCCGCGGACGCCGAUCGUGCUGGCGGAUUUGGUGAGGGUGGAUUAUGUGGGUGCGGUGUUGUCGGUUGGUGGGGCGGUGAUGCUGGUUUAUGGGCUGGAGACGGGGGGGUCGACGUAUGCGUGGGAUAGUGGUGUUAUCGUUGGGGUGUUGGUGGCUGCGGGUGUGACGAUUCUGCUGUUCUUUGGGUGGGAGUGGAAGUUGGGUGGGCGCGAGGGGAAGACGAGGAUUGAGCCGCUGUUUCCGUUCAGGUUGCUGCGCAAUCCGGUGAUUGUGUUGAUUUUUCUGUCCGCAUUCUUCCUCGGCGCCGUCUUCUACACCGUCAUUAUUAACCUGCCGCGCCGCUCACAGCUACUGUACAGUCUCUCGGCAACGGCUGCAGGCGUGAAGCUGCUCGCUUUGCUGCUUGUUUCGUCAUUUUGCUCCGCAAUAGCCGGACUGAUCUACAGCAAGAGCACUCGCCUCGUGCUUCCAAUCCUCGCGACCACGAAUGCAUUGCAGGUCCUUGGUGGAGGGCUCCUAUGCACUCUGGGCUUCAGCAGCGACGCGGGUUUCGAUUCAAGAGUAUACGGAUACGAAGUCCUGAUUGGAAUUGGCUUCGGGUUUGGUAUCCCGACGCUCAUGGUCGCGUCCAGGGUUCAACUGGAAGAUGAGGUGAAAGAUGGCGCCGUCACCAUGGGGGCGUUGAACAUGACGCGUACAAUGGGAGGCCCGGUUGCGCUGGCAGUGACCUCCGCAAUUGCGAACGAGGAGCUACCGCGGAGGCUAAGGCAAAUACUCCCGGCUGAUGUGGUGCAGGCGUUGCUGAAACAGCCGAGUCAGGCUUUAGCAACGCUGGAAAAGGACCAGGCAAUGAUGGUUCGAGCGGAGUAUUCCCAGGUUUACAGGAUGGAGUUUGCGGCCGUGGCUGGCUUUGCUGGGCUGUCAUUUAUUUGCGCUGUGUUGGCGCUCAUUUUUGGAAAGAGGAGACGGGCGUCUGGCAAGCAUGGCAUGGGAGCAACAGCUGAUGAAAUGGUCGAAUAG